AUGGCCCUGCCACAGCUCCUGGCUCCGCCUUCCUCGAAGGAAAAAGCCCAUGGCUGGCGACAGCGAGUGUAUCCGAAGAGGGUUACCUUAGCCAGCGCUGCCGUGGUGCUGCUGGGAGGCAGUGAACGCUUCCUCAUCAACAGCCUGGACAAAAACGUCUUUUACAAGUGUCUGAAGCUGCUUCUAACAAUGCCAACAUUUCCUGUUGUUGUGAAGAUCGGACAUGCUCAUUCAGGCAUGGGAAAGAUCAAGGUAGACAACCACUACGAUUUUCAGGACAUAGCCAGCGUGGUAGCACUCACUCAGACCUACGCCACCACUGAACCCUUCAUAGACUCCAAAUAUGACAUCAGGAUCCAAAAGAUAGGCAGUAACUACAAAGCAUACAUGAGAACUUCCAUAUCUGGCAACUGGAAGACAAACACAGGCUCUGCAAUGUUGGAACAAAUUGCUAUGUCAGAUAAGUACAAGCUUUGGGUUGACACCUGUUCUGAAAUAUUUGGUGGUUUGGACAUCUGUGCUGUUAAAGCUGUACAUGGCAAGGAUGGAAAAGAUUACAUUUUUGAGGUCAUGGACUGUGCAAUGCCUCUGAUCGGUGAGCAUCAGACUGAAGACAGGCAGCAUAUAACUGAUCUAGUCGUAAGCAAAAUGAACCAAAUGUUGUCCAAAACUCCUAUACCAUCUCCUCAGAGACCCACUGCCACUCAGCAGCCUCAG